AUGGCAGCUGCUGUAGCCUACACCCUCCCGUUCCCCAAUUUCUCCGACGUGGUCCUCCCCUCCGAUCGCGCGCAGCUCGCGGGCCUCUCGCACACCGCCGUGCAGGCUUGGACAGCUUCCCGUGCCGAAGAGUACAGACGUCUUGCUCUUGGCCUCCUCAGUGUCUACAACGCCGUCACCCCCAUAAACCGUCUCCUCCCCACCGAGAUCCUCUCAGAGGUCUUCGCCCAUUGCUGGAAAAACAAAGACAGCCGCAGCAUUCGUGUUACACACGUCUGUCGCCUAUGGCGCGCAAUCCUGCACACAACAACGCGCUUCUGGGCUGCCGCUGCCUCAGCUCCGGGGGCCAUGUUCGACUUCGAACUAUACCACUACAUGGUCCGCGACAACGCGGAGGUAGAGGUGGAAGGGGCGAUGCGGAGCGCUGUGACGUGGUGGAGGACGCGCAGGGCGACACGGGCGGAGGUGGGUGACGCCAAGGAGGACAAGGCGGAGGAGGUGGGUGACAUGGAGCGCCAGGAGGAGGUAGAGGGCCCGGGAGGAGAGGGCGAUGCGGGCGACGUGGACGCGGGCAACGUGGAGGUGGAGGACGUGAAGGCGGAGGAGGGCGACGCGGAGGUAGGCGGUUCGAAGGAGACGGCAGGCGCGGGCGAGGAGGAGGGCGGUAUGAGCGGGCGGCGCAAGGCAGCGCGGGCGGAGGGCAGUACGAAGGAGGGCCGCAUGGAGGGCCACGUGAAGUCAGCCGAGGCUGAGGCGGGCGACAUGAGCGGGCGGUGCGACGGAGGCGGCGGGCGUGGGCGGAGCAGGGCGAGAGGGAAGAGCGGGCGACACGGGCGGAGAGCAGCGCGGGGGUGGAGGAGGGUGACACGGAGGAGCGCGGGACUAAGGAGCGCGGUGCCAGCGAGGACGGUGACGCGGGCGGAGGAACGCGGCGCGGAGGAGGGUGCUGCGGAGGGUGCGGGAGAUGAGGGCAGUGCAGAAGAGGAGGGCGGCACAAAGGAGGCAGCGGGUGUGGGCGGAGGAGGGCGAGGAGGGGCAAGGAGGGCGACGCAGAGGCGGGCGACGCAGAGGUGGGUGGUGCAGGAAGGCGGAGGAGAGGACUCACCAAAACAAGGGCCGCGGCACGUCGCCGCGACCCCCAUAUCCUCAUCUCCAUACUGA